GAUUUUGCACAUCUAAACUAUUCCUAGUUUAAGAAAGUUCUGUGCAAUCCCAAGGCCAACGAAAAUAUGCAGCGUGACUGGGUGCCCAUAAAAAAUCCCGUGUCUAUCGGCAAACUUCCAGAAACUGUCACUGAGGAGCCAAUUGUCCUCUCGCUCGAUAAAGCCGUUCCAAACGGAGCAGAAGAGGUCCUUAUUUAUACAUUCAUCACUUCGAAAGGAGAAGGCGACUUUCAACGAUACUACUACAAUAUUUACACAAGCCAAGAUGGCAGAGAUUACAGCCAGUACAUGAACAUAGCCACUGGCCAGGACAUGAACGUUAUCAACUCCGCCAACCUGUGGUUUCCGAUAAAGACGAGCGACAGGAACUUAAGAGUGAUAUUGGUUCCCGCCUACGACCCGAAUGGUGCUAAGAAGAGCAAGAUCAAGCACAUAGCAGGAAAAUUGCAAGAACGGGAAGAUUGGAGCGAUGUGUUCGUCAUCGGUUACAGAUAAGAAAUUUAUUUGGACUCUAGCGUUUUGGUGAAAUUAGGUGCCCUUGAUCGAUAAUUAGUAUGUAGCCUUUAACUACCGCUUCAUUGCAUAAACAUGUUUUAACUGCACAAUUAAGGUAAUAAGAUAAGUUGUUUUUUUGCAUAGAUAUUGAAAUGUUUGUCAAGAGGUGAAAGCCUAAUAAAGAACGCCAAUGUAGACCCAAA